AAGCCCCUGCCAGAACCUCUUUUGUGCGCCCGCAGCCAAUCAAGGCCGCUGACGACACACUUCUCUUGGGGUAUAAAACCCCGGGGCCGCCGACACCGCCGCUUUUUUUCAUCCCCCCCCCCUUCGGCCCCCCCCGGGGUCCCCGCUUCCCCGCCCCCGUUACCGCCUUCCCCCCCUUGCGCGUUGCGGUGGAAGCGGGGCGGGGGGGCGGCCCGGUGGGGAAGGGUUUUAUUUUUUUUCUUCUUUCUUUUCUUUUUCUUUUAUGUAUUUUUUUGUUUUCCCCCCCGGCAUGGCCCCGGUGUGGUGGUUGUUGGGGUCGGUGGUGGCGGUGGUGGCCGGGGGGGGGUCGGUGGAGCAGCCCCCCGCCUCCGAGCCCGCCUGCCCCGUGUGCCUGUGGCGGCGGCAGAGCAAAGAGCUGCGGCUGGAGAGCAUCAAGUCGCAGAUCCUGAGCAAGCUGCGGCUGAAGGAAGCGCCCAACAUCACCCGGGAGGUGGUGAAGCAGCUGCUGCCCAAGGCCCCCCCGCUCCAGCAGCUCCUGGACCUCCACGACUUCCAGGGGGACUCGCUGCAGCACGACGAGUACCUGGAGGAGGACGAGUACCACGCCACCACCGAGACCGUCAUCAGCAUGGCCCAGGAAACGGACCCGGUGGUGCAGAUCGAGGGCAACCCCCAUUGCUGCUUCUUCAACUUCAGCCCCAAGAUCAUGUUCACGAAGGUGGUGAAGGCGCAGCUCUGGGUGUACCUGCGGCCGGUCCAGCACACCCCCACCGUCUACCUGCAGAUCCUGCGCCUGAAGCCCGUCACGGACGAGGGCAGUCGCCACAUCCGCAUCCGCUCCCUCAAGAUCGACCUCAACUCCCGCCUGGGGCACUGGCAGAGCAUCGACUUCAAGCACGUGCUGCAGAACUGGUUCAAGCAGCCGCAGAACAACUGGGGCAUCGAGAUCAACGCCUUCGACCCCAACGGCAACGACCUGGCCGUCACCUCGCUGGGGCCCGGCGCCGAGGGGCUGCACCCCUUCAUGGAGCUGCGGGUCCUGGAGAACAACAAGCGCUCGCGGCGGAACCUGGGGCUGGACUGCGACGAGCACUCGACCGAGUCCCGCUGCUGCCGCUACCCCCUGACCGUCGACUUCGAGGCCUUCGGCUGGGACUGGAUCAUCGCCCCCAAGAGAUACAAAGCCAACUACUGCUCGGGGCAGUGCGAGUACAUGUUCAUGCAGAAGUACCCCCACACCCACCUGGUGCAGCAGGCCAACCCCCGGGGCUCGGCGGGGCCCUGCUGCACCCCCACCAAGAUGUCCCCCAUCAACAUGCUCUACUUCAACGACAAGCAGCAGAUCAUCUACGGGAAGAUCCCCGGCAUGGUGGUUGACAGAUGCGGGUGCUCCUAGAGCCCGGCUGGGGCUGCCCCUCCGCCCCACCACCCCCUCCACCGCCAGCUCCUCGUUUCUUCCGCUGUUUCUUGCUUUUCUUUAAGAUUUCUUUUUUUUUCGGGGGAGAGGAAAAAAAAAAUACAAAGACCAAGCGUUGAAAUUCCUUUGGAUGUUGGAAGAGAGAGAGAGAGAGAGAGAGAGAAGGAAAUCCCACGGAGAAACGCUGCACCAAACCCGCGAUUCGACAUGCAUUGUGCAAUAAAGCAACCGAACGGAGAAGGGAAGGGGGGGCCGGGACCCCCACACGGUGACACGGUGACACGGCGACACGGCACCGGGCGGCUCCCUCACCCCAGCUCAGCAGCAACGGGGAGAGGAGGAGGCCGAGGAGACCCCGCACCCCCUCCUCGCGCUCCUGGAGCAGCAGCGGGAACGGGGCCAGCCCUGCCCGCCUCGCGGCCGAGGUGACACCCACGGGCAGGUGACCUGGAGGUCCCCGAGCAGCCACGGGCUCCCGCCGGAGCGAAGACGGCGGGGUCCGGCAGCGGGACCCCCGGGACGGGCGCGCCGGGGCUGUUCCGGCCCGGGAGGAAACCGUCUCCCUUCUUUAAUUUAUUUAUUUAUUAAUCACCCUCCCGGCUGGCGCUCGCCCUGGUCCCUCCCUUCGCAUCCUCAGCCCGGACUGCUCUGGGGGGGCCACCCGGGGACCACCGGCACCCCCAGGCUGGAGGGGACGGAGCUGCCGCCCAGGGGACGGAUCCAGCCCUGGCACCGGCGCAGGGCACACAGCGCUCUCCCGGGGGGCUCGGGGGUCUCCGCCGGCGGGAGGGCGUCCAGCAGCCCGGGGUUAUCCGGAGGCAGCCCCGGCGGGCUUUGGACGGAGGCUCCGGCCGGGGAGAAAUUCCGCUUACGCGGCGCAUUCGCGUCCCGCCGCCCUCGGCGCUCCGGAGGAUUUUUCACGUGAGAAAUGAUGAUUCUCCCGCGUUCCCAGAGCCCGGAGGCUCCAGCGCUCCCUCCGCGGUGCCGCCGGGGCCGUGCGGGGCCGCUGCCGGCGCCGGGCGGGCGCUGACCCCGCGGCUCGGGGAGGGGAAGCCCCCGCGGCCCCCGGGCCCAGCACUUAUCCCGAGGGUGCCGGGGGGGACACGCGGCUCCAUCCCGGGGCCAGGCGGGGAACGACCCCGUGGCCAGGCACGUCCGCACCCCGCGUAGCACUUAAGGGCCGGCGCCGGGCGGCCGGGGGCUCUCCCGGGAUGUUCAGCACUUGUCCCCGGCUCCGCGGAGCCACAAGCGCUUACAAGGACGAGGCCACCCCGGGGACGAGGACACGGUGCCGACCCCCGGCCGUGCCGGACCCCGGACCCCCCGCCUGGCAGCACUUACGGCCCCUCGUGCCAGGCUCCCGAUGCCACCGGGCUGGUGGCUCCGGCGGUGGCAGCAGGGGUGGGAGGUGAGGGGAUAGGCAUGGGUAGAGCCGGGGUUCCAAGGAGUGAGGUUCUGGAGGCAGAGGAGCAUCCCCCAGCCCCGCUCAGCCCUGAAUGGGGGGUACAGCUCAGCCCCAAAACACCGUGGCCAACAGCCCCUCGUGGCCGAGGUCCCCAAGCCAAGGGGUCAGCGGUGGCUCUUCCAAUACAUCGGAUAAAACGAUGCCAAUGAAAACCCCGGGGCGGGGGCAACCCCUCCCCCUGCCCUUCAGUGCCUUUUGGGGGGGCCGUGGCCUCCGGCAGCCCUGGGGUCACUGUGGAGGAGGGGGACCCCCAGUGUCCCCACACGGUGCCCGUGUUAUGCCGAAGGCAACGGUCCCAGGGAAGACAGAGCCAGGCACUUGGAAAGAUCCAGAAGCCACUGGGAAGGGACUGGAAAGGGUUUGGAGCUGCCCUGGCCCUGGGGGAGCCCCAAACCCACUUGUCACCCCAAAAGGCCCCCCAGGGCCCCAAGGCGACUGUCACAGGCAGGUGGCACUGAAGGAGAAAUGAUGGGAAGGCCUGGGCACUGGGACCAGUUAGCAUGGGGCACUGGGACCAGUUAGCAUGGGGCACUGGGACCCAUCAGCUCCAGGCAGUGUGACCAGUCAGCUCUGGGUACUGGGACCAGUUAUCUCCAGGCAUUGGAGCCAGUCAGCCCCAAGCACUGGGACCAGUCAGCCCCAAGCACUGGGACCAGUUACCUCCAGGCAGUGGGACCAGUCAGCCCUGGGCACUGGCCCCAGCAGCAGGCAGCACUGGUCCCAGUGCCCAGGGCUGACUGGUCCCAUAGGUGACUCCCAGGUGGGGGUUGCGGGGCUGGUGGCCCCCUCAGUAUAUUAUUAUUAUAAUUAUUAUAAUUAUUAUAAUUAUUUCCUGGUGUAUCGGUCUGUGUGUAACGUCUUAGGUUCCUUUUCUGUUCGUCUGUUCGUUGUUUUGUUCCUCGUUCUGUCGC